GAAGCCAUCUUUCUAGCUGCUUGGGCGGAGUUCGUGGCUCUUUUUAAAUCCAUUCCAUCGGACGAUUUUAGCCAACAAGCUUACUCAGUUUUACAAUUAAUCUAUUCCCAAGACAUUGCGCUUUCGAUUUUUGUGAUUAUUGCGGCACAUUGCGCGCGGGAUUUAUUUAUAAAUAUAUUUGAAGUAAGGAGGGACAAAGGGAGCCCGAGCCUCCGAAGAUGAGAAAGGGGGUUUCCUCGGUCCCGGAGAAAUUGAUAUUAUCGGGGGUCGGGGGCUCUACCCUGGAAAGAAAUUCACUAUUAACGCAUUUGCCUGAUCGUCGGGCACCUGGUUAUCCUACUGCUACUUAUAUUCAAAUAAUUACUCCUCCGUCCUGUGUAACACAGUCCAGUAAUGUCUGUGUGCCUGAUCCCCAAAGUGGCAGUUUGCUGUACUCAACUCCCAAUGGACCUACCAACGUAACUGGACAGCGACCGGCUUUAGGACGACCUCCGGCAAAACGUCGCCUGGAGCUGGAUAUCACAGACCACCAGUAUAGUGAUCCAACAAAGACUGCUAAGGGCAAACGAGGACCUCUACAGCCAAAAAGCCCCAAAACACCCAAAUCGCCUCCAGAGAAGACCCGCUACGACACAUCCCUGGGCCUGCUGACCAAGAAGUUCUGUCAGCUCCUGGCCCAGUCCUCCGACGGCGUUCUGGACCUCAACCAAGCGGCCGAGGUUCUGAAGGUCCAGAAGAGACGUCUCUAUGACAUCACCAACGUUCUAGAAGGCGUCCGUCUCAUCAAGAAGAAAUCCAAAAACAACAUACAGUGGCUGGGCUGCAGCCUGACCUCCGAAGGGGGCCCCCUUGCCCAGCACCACCCAAAGCAGAGUCUGGACCGCGAGGUCCUGGAGCUGACCCAGGAGGAGAGGCGGCUGGACGAGCUCAUUCAGCAGUGCACGCAGAGCGUCCAGCGCAUGACUGAAGACGCGCAGAUCCAGAAGUAUGCGUACGUCAGCUAUCCGGACAUCCGCAGGAUCAGCAGCCUCCGAGACCAGACUGUGAUCGUGGUCAAAGCGCCCCUGGAGACCAAACUAGAAGUGCCUGACCCCAAAGAGAGUUUACAGGUGCACCUGAGCAGCUCGCAGGGCCCCAUUGAUGUCUUCCUCUGCACGGACGACAACGCGCCCGGCAGCCCCAUCAGGAACGGCCUGGACGUGAAUGGGAACCACACCGCCUUUGUCAAAAUGUCUCAGAAUGGCGUGUCCAGCGAUGGCAUCACGGUGAACGGCGGCACGGGUAGUGCUGGCACCAGCAGAGGCACCGCCAACGGUGGCACUACCAACGGCAUGGCCCGCACCCCGGUCAAGAGCCAGCCGCCAUGCAACCUUGGCGCGCCGCCCCUGUCCCCACUCUCGGCCUCGUUGUCCAGCAUCCUCCAGCCGACGGACGACCAGAUGCCCUUCGUCAACUUGUCACCCGCCAUGCUCAGCGAAGACUACAUGCUGGGCCUGGAGGACGGCGAGGGCAUCAACGACCUCUUCGACUCCUACGACCUUGACACGCUCCACUUUGAUGACCUCCUGUGCAACUGACGAGGUCAUCCCUUUUUUUCCCCCCAGUCUCAGUGGAGGAAUGAUUAUUCGAGGAGAAUGGGUGGAGAUUACUGACAAACUGAUGAGGUGUUGGGGGGUGAGUAGGGGAGGAGUGUAUGGGUGGGGAUGGGUUGUGUGUGUUAAGUGAGGUUGCAAGACCUUGCGCAGAGAGAAUGUGUUUAUACCCCCCCUUAGAACACCGCCGUGGUGACGGGUGCACCUUAAUUUUGUUUUUGUUUUUUGGGAAAAGCAAAGUGGCUGCCGAUGUGGAUUGUGUGUGAUUUGAAGGCAUGGUUGGAGGUUUACGUUUGGUUGGUGGAAACGACAGUGAUCUGUGGUCACGCUACUGUUUGACACUCACUUGACGUUCUGGACGGCCAACUGAUUUUUAUUUUUGCUCGUGCUAUUGGCACUUGAAGACUGAUCUCUUUGUUUUGCUCUACAUUUCCCCUUUCAGAUCAUUUUGUUUCUGAACUGUUGUGCAGAUGAUGGAGGUUGACACCAGUGGUGUAGUCUACGUAAAACGCAGGUAUACGGAGUAUACCCACCUGAAAAUGUUAUGGAUUUCAGGAUGCCCACCUAAAAUAGAUUGAUUCAUUUUUUACGAUGGACAAAUAUAUACAGUAUACCACCAUACAAAAUGAUCAAUUAUAUAGUAUACUCACCACAAAAAAGUAGACUAGACCACUGGUUGAAACGGCAGCAUAUCUCAAUUUGAAUGGUCAAUAAUGAGUUUUUGGUGGUGCAAAAAAACAUUUGUCAUCUGCAUGCUUAGGACCUUUAUCAUUUUUUUUUUACUGGUCAACACCAUUGCUUUUCUUCAUCCUGGUUUUGUGUGUGUGUGUGUUGUUGUUCAUGUGUGUAAGCGUGGGAUUAUGUUUGCGGUGAAUGAACAUAACUGCAUGUGUUUCGUCUCCCUGCCUUUCUCUCGCUGCUUUUCUCUUUCUCCCUUUCUCUGAAAAGGAAAAGUAAUUGUCUUCCCCACAUACAUGGAAUCCGCUUUCUCUGACUAUGGGAAGCACUGAAAUGGAAAUGGCCUCAGCCUUCCCUCUCAAGCACACACAAGAAAGGGGGGGGGGGAGACAAUAGCAGAAAUUACAAGUCAUCAGUCAGCGCUUCCAUCUCCAGCAGUCUGAAAACAUUCAAAAAGGUCAAACGAUUUAGUUGGAGCAGUCAGCCAUAAGUUCAUUUGAACGAAAUUUAAAUAGAAAACGGCAAUUAAUUCUAACCCCAGUAAAUCAAUCUCUUGCUGUCUGGCAGAGAUUACAGACGUAACCCCUAGCCAUACAUGGAGCUAAAGAGUUUUCUCAGGGCCAGUUUAAAUGUUAUACUUGAUCAAUGUGUUUCAUCAUUAAUCAAAAUUUGAGAGGACAAAAAGCUGCUGGACAAAAGGAAAGCAGGGCAAAUUGAAGGUUCACAUUCUUUAUUUUUUGGUCUUCUGUGCAUGUGUAACAGAAUCAUUCUUCUUGCUUGGUUGUUUUAAUCAAGCAGUCAUUCUAAUACCCAUUGACUGGGUAUCAUUCUUUUUUUCUAUGUGGAUAUACUUUUUUGUCAAUGUAUAGUCAAGUACACUUAACAUCCCCAACAUUUUUGGUUUGUGAAGGACAUGUAUGUAUGUGCAGAAUUUAAGUUAUUUCCUUCAACCUUGACUAUGGCGAAUACUGUCCUUGUUCUUUUGAAAAGACAUUUUUGUUCAAAUGAAAUUUAAAAAAAAGAUCAGAUGUCAAUGCAUUAGGUACUCAUAGACUACCUCUGUAGCAGAGUAGUUAUGGUUUUUUGUAUUGCUUUGUUGUUUUUGAGCUAGCUUUUGUAAAUGUACAGAAUUUACCUUAAAUUGUUUCUUUUCAAAGCUGUGUUUUUAAUGACUGGGAGGUUCUGAAUACUUUGUCAGUUUGCAGAAGUAGCUACUUUUACAUCUCUUACAAACACCAUGUUGUGCUUUCACCUUCUUUAGAAGAUGGUUAGGUGUAGCAUUGCAGUGUGCACCAGAAGAAGAAGAAUGCAUUUUGGUUUUGUUAGUUGUUAUUUUUGUCAGUCAAAAUCAUGUUCUCAAUAAUUUUCUGCUUUUUCGAUGGCAGUACAAUAAGUUGACAUCUCAGCACUGGAAUGGGAUGUCCUGGACAAUGCCCAAAAAAGGCAAAGUGUGAUGUUUUCCACUCCACAAUGUAAAAAAUGGUGCCUUUUUCCCCUCCUAAAUAGCACGUGUUUUGCUCAGCUAUGUAGACUUUCCAAAUGCUGUACUAAACAUUUGAAAUAGUCAUCAUGUGAAUGUUCAAUAUGAUGUUCCAUAAAGCGGAUUUACGUGUGUUUUUUUCCCCUCAAGCAAAGCAAAGUUCAGUAUUGAACUUCUCUUCUGAGCUGCCUGUGAUUUGACAACCUGUUUCUUCUCUUAGUAUAUUAAGUUUUCAUGGCUGGUUUGAUUUAAGCUCAGUGUCAGAGUGUAACUUGGCGUGUUCAUAAGUUCUCUUAGCUAAGCGAGGAAUCGAUCUGCCUUGGCAUUAUUGUUGGUUAGCUCAAACUUUAUUGUUCAAUUUCUCAGACAAACUAAUUUGCUUCAGGUUUUACCCCCCAAGAAAGACUACACAUUCAUAUAAUUGGAGUAUUCAUCACUUGUUCCCUGGAGUGAAUUUUUUGGGACAUCGGUUGAUUUGAUAGGGUUUUAUUUUGUUUAUUUUUGUUUCGUUUUUUUUUUCACAAAAUGAAAUCCUGAGUGGCAUUUUAUUGGGGUCUACUUCACAGUGAGCAAUGAACCUUGGAAGGAAAAAGAGGAAUUUCACAAGUUAAUCAGGGUUAAUUUAAAAUGUGUCUUGAUCUACAAAGGCACAUAUUAAAUACAUAUGUUUUUUUUUCUUUGUUUUGUGUGUGUGCGUGUGUGUGAAUUGUACAUAACUAAAAAAGAAAAGUUUUAAUAAAGAUGUGUCAACGCUUUUGUACCAUAA